CUCUCCCCCGAUUGCAUUGGGUUCAUGUUCCUUUUGCAUGACCCAAACCGCUCAAUCUCUCGGAGAUCAUACACCUAUCUCCUGAUAAAAUCAUGCAUUGGUCAUCCAUUUUUUGACGGAUCGACAAGAUACUCCUUUUGAAUCAGUCAGUGAUCUUUGAGAUUUGAACCUCUACUGGUGGUUUCUUUUUUCCAUUUGUUCCUCAUUUGGCAAUCUGAUUUUGAGGGUGUGGGUAAUUUUGAUGAGAGGCCAAAGCAGGAGAAGAAAGCAUAUGCAUCUAUGAAGACUGGGGCACGCAAGUGGCCGCCGCAUUAUCGCCUGAUGCAGUUAUCGCUUGAGCUUCGUCCUCGUCGCCUUCCUAACGGUCUUUUCAGAUGGAAUGGCAGAUCCUGCUAGCCAUGGGAAAUAUGAGCGAGACAUUGAGCAAGCGCUCGUUGCUUUGAAAAAAGGCACUCAGUUAAUAAAGUACAGCCGGAAAGGGAAGCCUAAGUUCUGUCCAUUCCGAAUUUCGACGGAUGAAGCAACACUUAUCUGGUACUCACAUGGAGAAGAAAGGAGUCUGACAUUAUCUUCCGUUUCACGGAUUAUUCCUGGACAGAGAACUGCUGUUUUUAGACGAUAUUUGCGCCCUGAGAAGGAUUACUUGUCAUUUUCACUUCUAUAUAAUAACGGUGAACGAUCACUGGAUCUGAUUUGCAAAGACAAAGCUGAGGCAGAGGUAUGGUUUGCAGGCCUUAAGGCAUUAAUUUCUGCUGGACAACAGCAUUGUAGACGGACUAGAAGUGAUAUUCCAGAUCUCAAUAAAAAUGGUGACUUUAUUCAGGAUGGUCGUCCUUCUGCUGCAACACUAGACUUCACUUCAAAUAUUGCUCGAAGCAGGGCAUCUCUUGAGUGGAAUUCUUUUGAAUCUCCGUUGAAUUCACCAAGCUCAGAUGUGGUUUCAGUACAUCCAAAUAUGCAACUAAGAACAAGUUCUGGAGAUGGUGUCCGCUUUAGUGUUUCCAGCACUCCUAGCUGUUCUAGUGGAGGAUCUGGACCAGAUGACAUAGAAUUGUUGGGUGAUAUUUAUGUAUGGGGAGAGGUAUUGUGCGAUGGGGUUUUACCUGAUGGCUCUGUGAGCCCAAUUCCUUCAAAAACUGAUGUGCUGACUCCUAAGUCCUUGGAGUCUAAUGUUGUUCUUGAUGUUCACCAGAUUGCUUGUGGUGUGCGACAUGUUGCCCUCGUAACAAGGCAGGGUGAGGUUUUUACUUGGGGGGAGGAAUCUGGAGGAAGGCUUGGUCAUGGGAUUGAUAAAGACUUUAGUCACCCUCGUCUUGUUGAGUUCCUAGCAGUUACUAAUGUAGAUUAUGUUGCAUGCGGAGAGUAUCAUACAUGUGCUGUAUCUACAUCUGGUGAUUUAUUUACUUGGGGUGAUGGUACCCAUAAUGCCGGACUUCUUGGUCAUGGCACAGAUGUUAGCCAUUGGAUACCUAAAAGGGUUACUGGCCCGUUAGAAGGACUUCAGGUUUUAUCUGUUGCAUGUGGCACAUGGCAUUCAGCAUUGGCAACUUCCAAUGGAAAAUUGUUCACAUUUGGUGAUGGUACAUAUGGUGUUUUGGGACAUGGAGAUCGCAAGAGUGUUUCAUAUCCAAAGGAGGUCCAAUCAUUGAGUGGACUAAAGACUACUAAGGUUGCAUGUGGAGUCUGGCAUACUGCAGCCAUUGUAGAGGUCGUGGGCCAGUCUGGUUCAAAUGUUUCAUCUAAAAAGUUGUUCACCUGGGGUGAUGGUGACAAACAUCGUUUGGGCCAUGGAAGCAAGGAAGCUUAUCUUGUCCCCACCUGUGUCUCUUCACUUAUUGACUAUAACUUCCACCAGCUUGCAUGUGGACACACACUGACGGUUGCCCUCACUACAUCAGGCCACGUGUUUACAAUGGGUGCCACUGUAUAUGGUCAGCUAGGCAAUCCAUGCUCUGAUGGAAAGGUACCUUGCUUGGUACAAGAUAAACUAGUUGGUGAAUUUGUUGAAGAAAUAGCUUGUGGGGCAUAUCACGUUGCUGUCCUGACAUCUAGAAGUGAAGUAUACACUUGGGGUAAAGGUGCCAAUGGAAGAUUGGGACAUGGGGACAAGGAAGACCGCAAAUAUCCAACAUUAGUAGAAGCCUUAAAAGAUAGGCAUGUAAAGAAUAUAUACUGUGGCUCAAAUUUUACUUCAAGUAUAUGCAUCCAUAAAUGGGUAUCUGGAGCAGACCAAUCAGUUUGUUCUGGUUGUCGGCAGGCAUUUGGUUUUACUAGAAAGAGGCACAACUGCUAUAAUUGUGGACUGGUGCAUUGCCAUGCUUGUAGUUCCAGAAAAGCAUUGAGAGCAGCAUUGGCUCCAACUCCUGGCAAACCCCAUCGUGUAUGCGAUGCUUGCUAUGCAAAACUUAAAACUGCUGAGACUGGUAACACAUCUAAUGUGAGUAGAAAAAUUACAACCCCUCACCGUUCUGCAGAUUCCAGGGAAAAAUUAGAUAGGGGAGAGGUGAGGUCUUCAAGGAUUUUGCUAUCUCCCACUUCAGAACCUGUCAAAUAUCUUGAGAUCAAGUCAGAAAAGCCUGGGAGUAGAUCUGAUUCUCCUUCUAUAGGCCGGGCUUCUCAAGCUCCAUCACUCUUACAACUGAAAGAUAUUGCAUUUCCAAAUUCAAUUGGUGCUCUUCAAAAUGCUCUAAAGCCUGUAAUGCCAUCAUCAUCUAAUCCCACUAUUAACUCAAGACCUGCUUCACCAUACUUGAGGAAACCGAGCCCUCCACGUUCUCCCACCCCGACAUUUUCUAGGAGUCUUAUUGAUGGUCUCAAGAAGACAAACGAAUUCCUGAAUCAAGAAGUGUCAAAGUUGCAAAACCAAGUUAAAUAUUUGAAGCAAAAGUGUGACACACAAGACGUGGAACUUAAGAAUUUACACAGAAAUGCUAAACAAGCUGCAUCAUUAGCUAAAGAGGAAGCUUCCAAGUGUAGGGUAGCAAGAGAAAUUGUCAAGUCUAUUGCAGAACAGCUAAACGAAGUGAUAGAGAAGGUGCCUCCAUAUGUUUCUGACGAUGAAACAUUUAAAGCAAUUCAUUCUCAAGUUGAAGCUUUUCUAACCACAACUGCAACAUCUGAUAUAUCUUCCUCCCUGCCCAUAAGCUUAGAGUCUGACCAACAAUAUGCAUCUCAUAAAACAUCCUCAGUCAAUGAGUCUUCUAAAAUACAAGAAAAAAGGAUGCAAGACAGCGAUAUUGCAAGAGUUAUGGACUUGUCUGCGGGUGGGAGAAAUACUCUCCAGGAGAAUAACAGAUCAUCGACUUCUAAUGCAAUCGGUGCUCUAUCUCACCAAAGCUCAAACACUGGCUCAAGAUCUGAACUUUCAACAAUGAGGAAUGGAGAAAAAGAAGUUAUUGAACAAUUUGAACCCGGUGUCUAUGUUACUGUCAUUCUACGUCAAAAUGGUUCAAAGAUUUUCCACCGAGUGAGAUUCAGUAAAAGAAGAUUUGACGAACACCAGGCGGAGGAAUGGUGGAGUAAAAACAAAGAUAGAGUACUUAGGAGAUACAGUCCACCAACAGCAAGCCCUGCUUUGAUGGGUUCAUCCAGCACUCAAGCACCUGCUGAUGAAGGAUCAUCCAGCACUUCCAGCACUUCCGCACCUGGUGAUGAAAAUAAUGAGGCAUCAGAAUCUUCCGAAACUUAGUUUCAGCUCCUGCCAUAUAUGUGGUGAACUGCCUUGGAUUAGCAGCAUUAAGUAUCCACAGGGUUUAAACAUAUCCAUGCUCAGAACAAAUUAGGAAGACUUUAUUUGAGAAGAAUGGUAUAGCUUAACUGUAAUUCUUUCAUUCAUUUUAUUCUUUAAUUUAUCCCCCAACAUACUAAUUUUGAUAACCAGUGUUUACCAUUAAGGUUGUACAGUAGAUGAACUUCCUAGGAUUUUCACAAUGCCAUUGUAAAUCCUGUUCGUGUUGUUUUAUCCAAGACUGAAGUAUGUGUAUUGUGUGCAUCAUUGAACAGCAAAUCCCCUGAGGUGUUGGAAGAUAUUUUA